AGUUGAGCAGUUGUGAGCUCCGCAGCCGAGCCAUUGGUGCGUAAUGGUGCACGACUGGACGGCAGAUGUUUCACCAGCGGGACACUCUGUCUCAGCACACUUUAUUUGAACCCUUCCAAGUUUUUUUUUCCUUCAGCGUAGGCGUGCGUUAACUCGGUGUCCUGCCUUUUUAAAAGUUAUCUAAGGAAGGAAGAGGAGAUAAAGCAAGAAAGAAAAAAAAGAAGUGGACUACUUCUUCCAAAAACCGUCCCGGUUUCUACCGGGGAGUUGUCGUCAUCAGCACCCCAGAUAUCCCCCCUCUCCAGCUCCCUAAAUGGAUGGGGCAGUCUUGGUCUAUGCAGUUCAACGCAGGCCAAAAGAUUGGAAACAACUUGUGAGUAUCCGUCAGUUUGGCGUGUAAGAGGGGAAACGCUCAGAAAUGCCCUGCUGCCUCGCUGGAGCUCAACUCUGAGGACUUUUUCUCCUGCAGUUUGUGCGUUUUUUUUCAGGAGGAAGGACUAAAAGUUUACAACAGAAAGGAAAACUUUGCGCUGAAGUGGCAGCUCUCUCUCUAUAAGCCCUCACUAUGAGUUGUAUGUAUUUAUUGAUGUGCUUUUCACUCAGUCAAGUAUUUUUGGAGCAUAUUUUGGCUGCAGAAACGCACGAAAAACUCUCUGGAAAGUUAAGUGAAUAUGGUCUUAUCGUGCCAUUCAGCACAGACUCCCGUGGCCGGUACAUUUCUCACGUGGUCUCUGCUGGAAGUGGAAGUAAAGGUGCUGCUGCUACUGAUGCCACCUCAGCCUUUGGCAACAGAAGAAGGGUGGCCCGCGGUGCCCCCGAGAUGCCCUCGGUCACCCCUGGCUCGGCUCAGCACUUGUUUUUCAAUGUCACUGUGUUUGGGAAGGAGCUGCACCUCCGCCUGAGGGCCAACAGGAGGCUGGUGGCCCCGCGGGCUUUUGUGGAAUGGCAAGAGGACUUUGAGGAAAAAGCCAAGGAAAGGAUCCACGGGGACUGUGUUUUCACCGGGGAUGUGAGCGACAUGCCGGAGGCCUCUGUGGCCAUCAGCAACUGUGAUGGACUGGCAGGCCUGAUCCGGACUGAUAAUGGGGAGUUUUUCAUUGAACCCCUCGAGAAGGGCCAGCAGGAUGUGGAAGUGAAGGGGCGUGUCCACGUGGUCUACCGCAGAUCAGCCAUCAAGCGGGAGACGGGCCAGCGGAGGGACGACCUUCACAACGAAGUGGCAGACAUCGGGAUCGCGGACCUCCCGGCGGCUCUGGAUCUCGUCGAACAUAAACUGUCUGAGUCUGAUCGCAAGAGGAGGCAUGCGAAGAAAGAUGACUACAACAUCGAGGUGCUGCUGGCUGUGGAUGACUCGGUGGUUCGCUUCCACGGCAAGGAGCACGUACAGAAUUAUGUUCUCACACUCAUGAACAUAGUUGAUGAAAUCUAUCACGAUGAAUCUCUGGGAACGAACAUCAACAUUGUCCUCGUGCGCAUGAUAAUGGUUGGGUACCGGCAGUCUAUCAGCCUGAUCGAGCGUGGCAACCCAUCUCGCAGCCUCGAGCAGGUGUGCCGAUGGGCCAACACGCAGCAGCGCCGCGACCCCGACCACGCCGAGUACCACGACCACGCCAUCUUCCUCACAAGGCAAGAUUUUGGUCCCGCAGGUAUGCAAGGUUAUGCUCCAGUGACAGGGAUGUGCCACCCACUGAGGAGCUGCACUCUGAACCAUGAGGAUGGCUUCUCCUCCGCCUUUGUGGUUGCUCACGAAACCGGCCACGUGUUAGGUAUGGAGCACGAUGGCCAGGGGAACCGCUGUGCUGAUGAGACCAGCAUGGGCAGCAUCAUGGCACCACUGGUCCAAGCAGCUUUCCAUCGUUAUCACUGGUCUCGCUGCAGCAAACAGGAGCUCAACAGAUACAUCCACUCCUAUGACUGCCUGCUGGAUGAUCCUUUUGAACAUAAGUGGCCCAAGCUUCCUGAGCUCCCUGGGAUAAACUAUUCAAUGGAUGAGCAGUGCCGCUUUGAUUUCGGCGUUGGUUAUAAAAUGUGCACAGCUUUUCGAACAUACGACCCUUGCAAGCAACUGUGGUGCAGCCACCCAGACAACCAGUACUUUUGCAAAACCAAAAAAGGUCCUCCAGUCGACGGGACUGAGUGCGCACCAGGAAAGUGGUGUUUCAAGGGACAUUGCAUCUGGAGAUCCAGCCAGGAGCCUCAGGGUCACGAUGGAAGUUGGGGCUCCUGGUCAAAGUUUGGCUCUUGCUCCAGAACGUGUGGAGGGGGAGUUCGCUCCCGCAGCAGGCAGUGCAACAAUCCCCCGCCUGCCUACGGUGGUCGAGAUUGCCCCGGCUCUGCUUUUGACUACCAGAUGUGCAACACCGAGGAGUGUGCCGGCCCUUACGAGGACUUCCGCGCUCAGCAGUGCGUCCAGAGAAGCAACAAAUACCACAAAAACAUCAAGCACACUUGGCUGCCGUACGAGCACCCAGAUGAGGCCCGUAAAUGUGAGCUGAGCUGCAAGUCGAAGGAGACAGGAGAGGUGGUGUUCAUGAACCAGGUGAUGCAUGAUGGGACGCGAUGCAGCUACUCAGACCCCUUCAGCAUCUGUGCUCGAGGAGAGUGUCUCCAUGUUGGCUGCGACAAGGAGGUGGGCUCGUACAAACAGGAGGACAAAUGUGGAGUGUGUGAGGGGGACAACUCCCACUGUCGCACUGUGAAGCUGACACUCACCAAGACGCCCAAAAAGAAUGGUAUGCUGAAAAUGUUCGACAUCCCCAUAGGAGCCCGUCACAUAGUCAUUGAAGAGAAUGAGACCUCCCCUCAUAUAAUUGCUGUGAAGAAUCAAGUUACUGGAAACUUCAUACUCAAUGCAAAAAGUGAAGAUGCUGAGUCAAAGACCUUCAUCGAAAAUGGCUUACAGUGGGAGUAUUCCAUCGACGCUGAGAAGGAGACUCUGAAAACAGCUGGUCCUCUGCAUGAAGGCAUCGUAGUUCUGGUCAUUCCUCAGGAAGAGGAGGCAAAAGUAAGCUUGACCUACAAGUAUAUCAUACACGAGGACCUUCUACCGCUUAUUACCAACAACAACGUGCUGCUGGCUGAACUGGACACGUAUGAGUGGGCACUGAAGAGCUGGUCUCAGUGCUCCAAGCCUUGUGGGGGAGGUAUACAGUACACAAAAUAUGGAUGCAGGAGGAAGAGCGACAGCCGUCUGGUGCAUCGUAACUUCUGCGAAACCAGCAAAAAGCCUAAGCCCAUCCGCAAACGCUGCAACAUCCAAGAGUGCAGCCAGCCCACGUGGGUGGUGGAGGAGUGGAGUCCCUGCAGUAAGACCUGCGGGAAGCUCGGCUACCAGAGCAGGGUGGUGCAGUGUAUGCAGCUGCUCCACAACGGCACCAACAGAGCCGUCCACAGCAAACACUGCACCGACAAUCGACCUGAGAUGAGGAGGACCUGUAACCACACCGUAUGCCCCGCCCAGUGGAGAACUGGGGCGUGGUCUCAGUGCUCGGUCACCUGUGGCGAAGGGAUUCAGCAGAGGCAGGUGGUCUGCAAGGCCAGCGACAACACCAUCGGAGAGUGUGAGGGUGAGAAGCCGGAGACAGUCCUUAUCUGCAAACUAAGUCAAUGUCCAGGUCAGCCAGCGUCUUCUCUCACCUCUCAAACAGUAGAAAAUUCUACAAUGAAAGACGAAGCUGUAUACCAAAGGGUUCCUGAAAACCCUGUCCAAAAAAUCUCCUCCAAUGAACCUUGUCUGGGAGAUAAAUCGAUUUUCUGCCAAAUGGAGGUCCUUGCCCGCUAUUGUUCCAUCCCUGGAUAUUAUAAGCUUUGUUGUGAGUCUUGUAACAAGAAAGAAAGCCUCACCACACAUGUUCCAGACUUCCACAACACCCCAGUGGCCUUCGCUGAAGCCGUUACCGCCACUGUUUCUCAUCCUGCCUCAUCCAAAACUCCUCCAGUCGCUACAACCCAGACCCCACCGCAAACCACUAAAGCCGUCAGUCGGUGGCUUCUCUCCGCUGCCCCGGCACCGACCACGGCCUCCGCUGCUCAAGCUUCACCAUCAACAGAUGCUGCUCAGCCCCAGCAUCCCACCGGCGACUACUUCCUCACCGCCGGGAAGAGAGAUCCGGGUGCAGGGCAUCUUCUACCUCCAGGGUCGACUCGGCCCACAGCAGACUCCAGUGGAGGUGCCUCUAAAGAGCACAGUCCAAACAGCACUUUAGGCCCAGUCACUGCCAGGUCAAGAAGGGACAAUUUAGGAUCCGAGAGGGACUCAAGUCACAGAACCCUGUCAGCUCAGAAAUGAACAGCGAGCAAUGUUGUGAACGAGCUGCUCAGUGAGACGUCUCAAACAUCAGCUCACACUCCGGUGCAGUAUCUGAUUCACUAUUGCUGCAGAUAAUGUCUUUUUUUUUUUUUUUUAACGAUAUUUUGUUGUUUCCAUGCCAGUGAACUUAGACCAGACCAGUGAUGGUUACCUCAUCAAAACUCCAGAGCGAUCUGCGUGUGCGGCGUCGCUCUGCCCUCUGUGCUUCAAAUACAAAACGGAAGUUUUAAAAAAAAAAAAAGUUGUCAAACCGAAGGUGCUGUAAACUAAAACGACUACAAGACGUGUUCAAAAUGUGAUGACUGCAUUGCUACAUUCAUGUUUUUAUCUGUGUACAGUUGUGUAACCUGUUUUUUUUCUUUCAAGUGCAUCAGAACUACUAUUGAACUUGUGAACAUGAGGAGAGGUCAAACGUUAUGGAGGUGCAUGUAACAGCUGUGGAUUCCUGAGUGUGCCAUUAGAAUAAUUACAGACCAACGUCCAGCUAGAGUCAGUUAUUAAGCUGCUAAAUUUGCUAAUUAAAUUAAAAUUGAAGCUGUGCAUUAAAAGGCUAGAAAAAGACAUCCAUCCCUUAAUUCAAAAGCAUUCAUUUUUGAGUUGCAAGAGUUACUGAACAAAGUCUUUUUGGUCACUGCUACUAUUUCUGCCUUUCUUUUAAUUUUCCAUUUCAUGAUAGCUCCAUUUUAAAGAUGACUGUCGCACGGAAAGAUGCAUUGUGAUGCCUCAAAAAGAUUUUACAUCCAACCAACAGAGGAGAACUUGGAAGUCUGGCUGUCAAGCUGGUGAUUUCUGACUAACACAAAACCAUCUAUCCACUCUUUAUUUUUUCUCAGGAAAAGGUACCAGAAUCAUCAUCACAUAAUAAUCUGUUGCUCUAAACCUAAAUCUAAAGGUUAAAAUGCAUUUGAAAGCAGCCAUGUUGGCAGAAUGUUGUAAUUUUACUUUUUUUUCAUGUUUUAGCCCAAAUUCAUUAAAUAACUGUUAGUUUUCAGCCUAAGCUCAUAUUUACUAUACUAAAAGAGGUUCUAUUCAUCAUCUCAUCUAACAGCAAGACAGCGAGAGAAAUGUCAAACUGCUCCUUUCAUGCUGCUUUAAUGAAUGCACUUGUAAUGGUUUUUUUAAAUUAUUUAUCAGGCUGCUAAUUAAUUCUAAUCAAGUACUUGUUAAGUCCAUAAUUACUCCAGUGGCACACUCCAGACUUCAUAGUCAUCACUCCUGGCAGGGAGCUUCGUGGCUUCUCUGUCCCCCGGUGCUCUUUUUCUUUCUUUUUUCUUUUCUUUUUUUUUUUUUUUUUUUUGCUGUUGUUUUCCAAAUCGAACAUACCGGUGAUUAUUCUCACUGAUGAAAAAAAAAGAUCAUGACUGUUUGCAAGCCGACACCACUGUAGCACGCCCUCCGUCUGUCUUCGUGGAAGUCAGUCCCUUGAUGCUUUAAGAACAAACAAAAAAAGAUUUCAGAAAAGUUACAUUAUGAUGUUUUUUUUGUAACUGAUACAUUUUUUCAGAUAAUAAUGUAUAUAGUGUAAAUUACAAGUUAUGAAAAAGUUGUACGUUGCAACUGGAAAACACAGGUGAUGCUGUAAGUCUCCAGACUCUGGUUGGUCAUACUGUUACACCGUUCCUGCAUUGCCGUUCAUAACGUCAUUAUGUUUAUUGUAUAGUUCUUGUAUAUACGUACGUGAAUGAAAGCUUUAAAUGUUAAUAUUUAUUGAAUUUUUAAGUGGUAUGGUGAACAAAGUAAAACACAUUUGAAAGAACGGACAUUCCUGUGGUUGCACUUUAUAUAUCGGGCUUUGAAAACUGUUGUAUUAGCUCUUCUAAGUGAGCGUCCCCAGAGUUCAGUCUGAAUUCAGAUUAACUGUAUUUGAAGUGAGAGGAGACAUAACUGGUGGAGUGUUUCAAACAACAUGGUACUCAAAAUAUUAUUCCUAAUGCAAAGGGUGGAAAUAAAUCAGACAAUAUAGGCAUGUUCAAGCACUUUAUUAACUCUGUCCGGUCAUGUGCAGGGAGUCAUGUAUCAAGAGACAAGUUAUGGCUCUUAACCAGUAAAUCUUAAUGAGUUUUGAGUAGCACAGUGUGACAUUAAUUCCUAUUAUAAGCCAGCUUCCUUUGGCCAGGCUGGCAUUGGUCUCCCCAAGCCGAGUGUCUCCUUGGGCUUUUGAUUCUUCACUUGUCAAAAGUGUUUUGCCGAACAGCCAGACCACCACGAUGCCUCCGUCUCCCCGGUGUUCCUCUGAGAGUGACGACAAGGUGCCGCUGUGGUGACGGUAUCUCAUAGAGUCAGUCAGCUCAGGCUGAGGUGUCUGCGGAGGUGUCUGGUGAAAUCCAACUGGACUUGGGGCAAAGCUUGAUUGACAAUGGACUUUGGGAGCCAGCCCUGAGAACAACAAUGAAUGGUGACUGUAAGUCUUAGUGAACAAAAGAGAGCGCAGGUUAGCAGUUCUGCUGACAUACGAUAAACAUUGACUGUUAACACGCAAAUGCAGUUCUUUAUAGAAAAGAUAGAUUCCAGAAAAUAGUCAUUUUACAAAAUAGUAUUACUGGAGGAUUCACUUGCAUUUUCUCAAGCUUUAAAUCUCAUGUCAGGUACUUUGGUUGGUUAUAAGUUUCUGUUUUUCAUUUGACAACAAUCUUUUCUUGCCAACAGAAAAGAAAACUUUUCCAAAAAAAGCUAUGAGAUGCAGUUAAAGCUAAUAGAGAAAAAACAUCCAAAAAAGCUUCUUAAUUUUAUACUCAAAAAACUGGAAUUAGCAUUUUAAAUACCUAUACUGUUCCUCCAACAUCCCUGACAUAUGCUCAUGUCUUUCUCCUUAUCUCAGUCGCCAGCAUACUUAGUUGUGAUAGCAUAUUCUUAUCCUGUAGCUGCCUCUUAUCUCAAAAAUGUGUCUUCCAUAUAGCAGUGAUUUAGUCUGUUAAUCCUGGGAGAAUAUGAACAGGUUGCUCUACGUUUAACAACAGCUUUUUUUAAAAAGGCAUUUUCCUGAUCUGAAAUUGCAAUUUUGCAGCGUCUGUCACAGACUGAAAUCUGCAGAUCAUUUUCAUACACCGCUUUACUGAAAUAGAGAAAAUCUGUUAUUUUUUUAAUGUUCCUUGCUUAUUGUACAUGGCAGAAAAUCUUCAUUCACCAGAUAUAAGAGGACAGAAGUGCUGGAGCUUAGAAACAGUAAUAAAAGACCUGCACCUGCUUACUGCCAUCUGUGCAAUAUUUAUUUAUUACACAAACAUGUUGGUUGGAAUAAAUAAGUAUUGCACAUGUUAGAAUGAUCCUAUUUAUACUGUAGACAUGAAUUUACCUUGACGUCUAUGUUAAGAAGCCAUGUGAAGCGGCUUUUUGUUGAAUCCUCGUCCAGAGCUCGUAUAAUGAUGCAGGUCGGUCCAUCCUCGGCUCUGUACACAUGCAAACAAACUCAUUAACUUUUGUAUUUAAUAAAGGUUUAUGAAUUAGGCGCUUAUCCAUAUUACAAAUUUCCUUACAAUCGGGUUUUUGUGUUGUUAGUGUGUAUUACAGGAAGUUGAAAUUGUCACCCUGCUGCUCCACCAUUUAGUCGGUGCUACAAUGUCAAGUACUGACAUGCAAUUUGGUGCCACACUGUACAUUCACAGUGCCCGCAACAUGAAAUCUAAUUCAUUUGGUGACUCCUUGACUUUUCACUGAAGCUGUAUUCAAAGUUCAACAUUUAAAUUUGUUCAUUGCUGUGGUUAAUUGUAAGCUAAUGUUUCCUCCAAUGUUACAGCGUUUCAGUAGCAUGCUAACACACAAACUUAUGACAGGUAAUAUGGUAAAUGUCACUAAAUUAGCAUUGUCACUGUGGAUGUGUUAGUACACGUUACUAUUCCGCCCAAACUACCGCUGAGUCAUGAAAACACUGACUCAACCCAGUAUCAGUUCGUUUAUAAAACGGUUUUCAAUUAUUGUUCUCUUCCUACAACCUUCACAUUCCUCAAAAUGCUCUUUUAUCUGUUUAAUAAGAAAGUUUUUAUCUUGCACACACUAGAUGCGACAGCAGACACUGACAUCAGCAGGUGCUGGUACGUUACCACAGAUUGUCAGGUCAAAUUAAAAUGUCACGGCAAAACCAAACAAUAGUUUCUUGUAGCUGUUGUUCUUCACCUUAUUGCCUGGACGACUGAGAUCAACUAUAUUCAGACAGUAUGUAUUGUGAGAGAAAGUUCAGUGAUGCUACUGAAUAUGUUUUAACACAUGAUGAUUAAUGACUAGUGUUCUGCGGAUGUACCUCACAAAGCCUGCCUGAGGUGGGAAUGACUCUAGCUGAAUCGCUGCUCCUCCGAGAUAAACGGUGGACUUUUGUUUGCAACUGUGUCUGACACUCAGGAAAUCCCUUUGGCCAAUCACGCUGCCUGCUGUCUCAGCUAAAACCUCAUGAGUGACAAUCGUUUCUGGUCCAACAUGUUUUAGAACCUGCAACACAAAAGACAUUAACUUGUCACACUUCUUUUGCACAACCUGAUCUACAGGAUUGAAUUGCAACUUCAUGUCUUUGUAGCAUGGCAUCAGUUAUAAAUAAAAAUGUGCAGCCACCAAGAAAAGACUAGAAGAGUAGUAACUUUUUAAACUCUGGCUUAUGCUGUACUGUCUAAUCUGUGGUAUUUGUAGAGGCUAUUGUUUCACAGCUCAUGAGACAUCCAAUUAUCACCGGUAGCCUCUUGUAAGUUGUUGAAAGGUCAGCAGCUCACUUUGAUUUGCUGUACACAUGGGUUCCACUGAUGCAUCUCCUCAACUCUGACAAACAGGAGGUCAUAGAGUUCUUCCACACUGGCUUCCAGGACGGCCUCGAGCUUGAACACCUUCCUGGCCCCCGGCAUCACUUUGCUACAGAUCACAUCGCCGUUGCUCUAAGAAAAAGAAAGAAAGAAAGAGAAACACAAAGGUUAUUUAGCACAAUGGUUCCUUCCAUUCAGUCUAUUACAGAGUGUGGGUAUUGAAGACAUAAGAACUCUGUUCAGAGGAGCACACAGGAAUCAGUCAGACGUUACCGCUGCGAUCUCAAACUUCCAUCCUUCUUUGUCCUCCAACAUGCUGAGAGCUUUGCUCAUUGCACCUCGACCUUGUUGCACAUAGAACAGCUCAUCUUCUGUGGCUGGUGCAGGCUUUGUACGUUCUGGUUUGGCCUCUAAAAAAGACUCUUGUUAGUAAUAUUACUAAGAAGGACAAUCUAAAUAUUGCAUUGAAGCUAUAAAAGGAUUUUUUCAAUUUUACCAUUAAAAUGUAAACCGGCUUGUGGUCUCUUGUGAUGUUGGCUUUGUCCCCAUCGCUGCAGGUCCGUGAUCUCCAGACCUAUUACUGCCAAAGCUGUGCGUUGAAGUCCUGCCGGGUUUAAGGAAGAGAAAAAAAAAAAAUCAGGAAUCGUAGCCAGGAUGACGCAUUUGCAUAAAAAAGGGUAAAAAAGGAAAAGUCAAAUUGUUGAGAGCGUUUACCUGUCAUGCUUCUUAGAUGAGGGUAAGAGAUUCCACAGCACAGCUUUACAACGGCAGGCAGCAUGUUGUCUGUCUUUGGAAAUGACAGCAAAGCAACAGAGUGUGGAUGUGGUCUUUAUAUGGUUUAUGAAGGACACUCCAAUGAGAUAAGGCCAAGAGUGGAAGAUAGGACCUGCUCUGAAUUCUGUCAUGAAGGCCAGACUUGACAAGAAUUUUAUUAACUAAAACAUAGCUUUGGACACAAGGCAGCAAAGAAAUUCAACAGUGAGACCUUGCAGCAAUCAUGAACUACAGCCUGAUUAUUCUGUGUUUUCAUGCACAGUCAAAAUUGCAAUUUUAAAAUGUAAAAUAUGUGCAGAUUAGAGUUUCCAAAUUGUAGCAGCACAGAAUGAAACAGUUGUACUUUAGAUAUGUAAUAAAGAAAACAGCAAAGUGCAACCAGCAUGACUGAAACUGUCAAAUAUAUAUAUAUUUUGGGAUAGUUAUGUAAUUCCUGAAUGACUGUAAAUUAAAUACUAUGAAGCAAUUAAUGGUUAACAAUUGGGGACCAAAAGUUGAUGUUUGUAAUUUAUCCUAUGUGAUGCAUGAUAGCUGAGAAUUUGUAACUAAGAAUGCAUUAUCACACGAUUACUUUACAAGUCUUGUUUAUGAAGCAGCAAUAUUAAAAACACCUGCCUUAUUUUUGUGUAGGUCCAUUUUAUACCACCAAAACAGCUUUGAUCCAUAUGUGCGAUGGACAUGGUGCCUCAUGGGGUGUCCUUGAGGCAUAAUAAUAAGGAAUUAUAGUAGUCCAACUGAGUUUCAAAUGCAUGAACAAGUUUUUUAAACACAUCUCUGAGACAGGAUGUUCCUAAUUUUGACAAUGUUGCACAGGUGUAAUGCGACUAUCCUAAAGACGUGUUUUAUGUAUCAGUGAAAUGACGUAUCAUUGAUAAAAAUAACUCAGGUUCUUCACUGUAGUACUUGAGGCCAAGGUGAUGCUCUCCUGAGACUGUACAUAUAGUAACUACUGUCUGUUCUUCACCAGUCAAAGCUUUAGGAGAGAGUGGCAAACAGAAAACCACUGUAAAAAUGAAAAACAAAUAUAAACUCAUGAUAAUAUUUGGCUAGAGUUGCUAGAAGAUUUGUGGGAGGCUGAAGUUAAUUGAAAGAAAGUUAUUUGGUCUGAUGAAAUGUUUGAUGGCAUGAUCAGACUAGAUGCUAUGUUUGGCAGAGUUCUGCAGAGUCCUGGUUCCAGAACAUGAUGAUAGAAUUACAGACAAACUUUAACAAAAGCUGCCUGAGAGUUUACAGGUUUUUAUGUUAGAUUUCUUCAGUAAUUUAAUGAGAGUUAUCAGCAAAAAUCAAGUGUUCAUUUGAUGAACUUCAUUUCCUAAAACAUCCAGAAUUGGAGCUCAUAUCUUUGGCAGCUGUAAAGUUUCUGCUCCUUCAAAGUUCACAACACAAUGAAUGAAUUCCUAAAACACUCUCAAUGCUGGAGAGCGUUUGUGAUGCUGAAGCAGUGACCAGUUUUUCUGUUUCUUCUCUGGAGAUGCACAAUGAGGGACGUCUGCAGAGACUGAGAAAGAGUCUCACCACAUCCUGACAUGAGGAAAAAGACUUUAUUGAAGACUACAAUGAGAAAAACUAUCAGACAGCAGAUGGCUGCAUUCAAGUCUGUAGCUGCUGAAUUCAUGUAUGAAUCAUCUGGCACUAGAGAGGAAGACCAUCAAACAUCCAUGUCAGCUGAUGGAGGUCCAAGAGUCUCACCCAACAAACAACCUACAGAGUGAAGACCUCCAAUCUGAUUGGACGGCCUCCUAUUCAGCCACAUGUGUGAACAAAUGCCUCUAAGUUGAUUUGUUUUCUAAAAUAAAUCUAGUUUGAGUCCUAA